CGAGAGGCGCAGGCCUGCAGGCGGCGUGGGGCAAAGGGGACGCGGAGCAAAGUGCAAGCAGAGCAGGAGCGGCAACCGAGCCUCAGGAUUGGCUUGCUCGAGACACAGAGACCGCCGGUUUGCGUGAAAGCAGCCGGAGGAGCGCACCCCUCCAGGACGUCUAGAAAGAGGGAGAAGGAGGAACAGGGCAAGACGCCCGAUCCCCGCUGCCUCUUCCCGUCCCUCUCUGCGGGGACCUGCAGCUGCAACAUGACCCUGGAAGAUCUGGCUGGGGAGCAUCAGGUUUUUGGAAGCAUGGAGAAGGUGGGGGAUGCCCUGGAAGAAGUCCUGAGCAAAGCCCUGACUCAGAGAAGCAUCACCAUUGGGGUGUAUGAAGCUGCCAAACUACUCAAUGUGGAUCCAGAUAAUGUGGUGCUUUGUCUACUGGCAGCAGAUGAGGAAGACAACCAGGAUGUUGCUUUACAAAUUCACUUCACCCUGAUUCAAGCUUUUUGUUGUGAAAAUGACAUUAACAUACUUCGAGUGAGCAACCCAAGCCGCCUUGCAGAGCUUCUGCUUUUAGGGGCAAGUGGAGGAGGUGAACAGCCUGCAGACCUGCACUGUGUGCUUGUAACAAAUCCACAUGCUUCGCAAUGGAAGGAUCCAGCCCUAAGUCAGCUGAUCUGCUUUUGCCGUGAAAGCCGCUACAUGGAUCAGUGGGUCCCAGUUAUUAACCUGCCUGAACGGUGACAGCAUACGAAUAAGGCUGAACUGAA